AUGCGGCCCCUCACCGAGCAAGAGACGCAGACGCUCUUCAAGAAGCUCGCCGACUAUACGGGCCCUUCUCUCAAGAACCUCAUCGCGCCCCUCGACAACACCCCCAACGCCGACCGCUACGUCUUCCGCCUGUCGGGCCAGAACCGCGUCUACUACGUCCUCCUCUCGCUCGCCAACAUUGCCACGUCCAUCUCGCGCGACAAGCUCCUCUCGCUCGGCGUCUGCAUCGGCAAGUUUACAAAGACGGGCAAGUUCCGCAUGCACAUCACCGCGCUGCCCGUCAUCGCGCCCCACGCCCGGCACAAGAUCUGGAUCCGCCCCAACGGCGUCAUGCCCUUCCUCUACGGCUCCAACGUCGUCAAGGCGCACGUCGGCCGGUACUCGGAGGACUGCCCGGAGCACCAGGGCGUGGUGGUCUACUCCAUGGAGGACACGCCCCUGGGCUUUGGUGUCACGGCAAGGAGCACAAUCGAGGCGCGCCGCCUCGAUCCCACCGGUAUCGUGUGUUUCCGACAAGCAGACUGCGGAGAAUACCUGCGUGACGAGGAUGCGCUCUUCUCGACUGGCUAG